AAAAAAAAUUCAAUUACUUAGUGGAAAGUGUGUGUUUGCAGUGAUAAUCACCCAAAUUGGUGAUGUGAAAAAUGGAAAAAAUACUGCAUCAAGUGAAGUCGUUUUUCAAAGCGUUAAUAUGUUUCCUUAUUGCCUGCUGCCUCUUGCCGAUGGUGUUUUUGUCAUUUGUAUGUGUCCACUACAGUGAUGAGCUGGUUAAUUAUGUGCUUAGCAUCAAAUACCCAACGCUCACCAUCUCCAAAUCGAAAAAAAUUCGUACUCUUAUCGAUACACCACGCAAUGCGGGAGUAUUUCACUUUCUUCUUCAAAUUAAAGGUCAGUGUGACUUUGAACAAAUAAAACGUUACUACGCAGACAAUUUGACGGAUGCGCGUGACAAAGCUGGGUAUUUGUCUUUUCCCAAAUUACGCCAGAAGCUGGUGACCUGUUGGGGUCACUAUGCUUGGGUGAAUGAUAACAGCUCCUUUAAUAUUAACAAUCACGUUGUACUCAGCGCACGCACUUAUCGCGGACGUCCGGUCAACGAUAGUAAUAUACAAGACUUCGUAAGCGAAUUGGCUACCAAAUAUAUACCAUCCGACUUGCCACAAUGGCAGGUGAUCGUCAUACCAACCGCAUCAACUACUUCGAAUGCAACAAAUACACUACCAGAGGCUAUAACCGAAAAUACAACAUCAAUGCCACAAACCAUGGGUGAUCACUACUAUGUGUUGGUCAAGGUACAUCAUCUCAUCAUAGCCGAAGAGGACGAUCUGCAUAUAAGCGAAAUAUUGAUGUUGCAAGAGAAUGGUCGCAAACCUGUAAUCGAUAUUGAUCGACUAGAGAACGCCAUAAAACCACAACCCCUAUCCUAUUUCGUGCGCGAACCCAUACACAUACGUCGACUAAUCAACCACAUAGGCGCCCAGAUAGUGAACUACUGGAAUGCUUUCAUCUAUGAGUUUGAGUCGCUAGAGACACCCGAUGGUUAUAGGCCGGUGCAUAUUACCAAUGUUACGCAACUGCUGUCGGUGCUGUUGAUCGUCGCCGUCAAUGUAUGCCUGGAUUAUAGACGCACGAUGCAAAUGCGCCAAAAGUUGCGACGCCGCUACAAUGUUCAGAAAGAUAACUACGGACGUGUGAAGAUAUUCAGUAUGCUGUUGUUGAAAGAAAUCGAUCGACGCAAUCUCUCACUGCCCGCCGCUUGGAUGGCCAUUUGCACAUCUUGGCAUCCGGCGAAUAUUGCAAAGACAUGGACCAAAUUCCUUUGGCGUGUCAACAUCAACAAUACAGUGUUGCUGCCCUAUCGCAUCUACUGUGAACUAAUGGCGCUACGCGAUAUCGUCUUCAAAGGCCAAACACAUCUGACGCAUACGCACAUCGGACGCAUAUCCAUCUAUUUGCCCAUGAUACUUUAUGCGCAAAUUGAGUUCUUUAAAAUCGGCUAUGAAAUUUUCAAAGCACCAGUGAAUAUCUACGAAGAGCUUUUCGUCAAUCCCUCCAAGGAAGCGAAUAUUUUACAAAUGAAAUCGUAUUCCGGACGCAAAAUUGUCUCCUUCUCCAAGUCCAUUAAUGCGACUGAACUACGGCAACGGCUCAAUUUUGGCGCGGAGGUACGAGAAUCUGAUUUCAUACUAUCCUGUCUGGCCGGUGCUUUGCGCGACUACUUCGCUAUGCAUAGUAACGUGGCACCAGUUCCGAAGGUGCUCAACACCACUUGUCGCACGAUUGCGAAAGGCUACUUCACCGAAAAGACGGGCAAUAAAGCGCAAAAUAUCGGCGGUGUAGUCUUUUUGCAAUUACCUCUGCAGGCGCCGGGGAAUGAACAUGCGCGUAAAAUGCAUACCAUCGUUGAAAAUAUACGCUCCAGGCAGAUUAUGAUCUAUUUGGCGUCAAUGGGUCAGACGCGCUUCGAUCUUUUGACCGCAUUAGUGCCGCGUGUUCUGACAAAAGUUUGUCUGAACUUCUUUUCGCACAACUUUCCCAUCACUAUAACGGAGAUACAUGGCGCUUCGUCGGAGUUUCAAACAAUCUGGGGACAUGUGGUGGAAGAUGUGCUGCUCUUCAGACCGCCGCAAUCAAAAACUUGUUUGUCACUGAAUAUUCACCGUUUUGGCGAUCGAUAUCGUUUGGCUAUAAUGGCCGACACGCAAUUGGGGCCGGAUCAUGCGCAGAUAUCACGUGCAUUUGAGAAUUAUAUAGAAACUGUGUCGAUUUGAAAUGGUUUUAAUUUAUUAAUGAAUUUCUGUGAUUAAGUAAUUUUGUAAUAAAUAUAAUUUGGCGAAGUGAAGACCUAAAA